UUUGAGUUUCAUUUUCCGCGAGAGAGUGCAGUCGAGAGUCGCGAGUACGGAAAUGAAAGAAACGUAGCGUAGAAUCUGUAGCUUUUCAAGUGAUUGUCCACGCACCGCAUUUAUUUGCAUUCGAUUAAAGGGAGUCAAACCACGAUUGUCCACCCGCAGCAGCAGCAGAACCGCUUAACACUUGGCCUGUUUAUGCCACAAGCGCUGACCUUUGGCCGGAACGCGUCAACAAAGUGAUAUCGCGACGGAAUAACUGAGACGGCGGCGCACAAGCAUGGCCUCAAAGCGGAAGCCGAUCCACACACAGCCGAACGCGUCACCGCGGCCAAACAUGAACUUCCGGCCCGGGAUGAACGACACGACGGCCCGAGCGGAGGCCAAAGGAACCCGUCCGACGGCAACGCCGACUUCGAUCCGUGAGGUGCUCACGAUGAUGGUGCUACACGUUUGCAAGAAGAUCAUCUUUUUCGACACAAAUUUGAAAGUGCCGCUGUAUUUGGGCAGUUUGUUCUUCGUUUCGUUGAUCGGGGACUUUUUGCCCUAUCCCAAGACGUACCUGGCCCGGUCGGACAAUCUGUUCAACGUGUACUUUGUAAAAAUGGGCUGGGCGUGGACGUUGCUGUUUUCGUUGCCCUUCCUGGCCAUGUCGUCGGUUACGAUCUGCUGCGGGGACCAUCAGCGACUGGUCCGGAACCAUCUGCCACGGUUGGGAAUCGCCACCGGGUUUUGGUUCGUGUGGACCAAGUUUUUCAACAUCAUUGAAUCCUCGUAUGGACGCUGCAGCGUGCGUGGAUUCGACUCCAAGUCGAGCUGUCUGAAGGCCGGUCAUCUGUGGAGCGGAUUCGACAUCUCCGGACACGCUUUCAUCCUGAUCUAUUCCAGUUUGGUGCUGAUGGAGGAAGCACGAACCAUCAUCGGUUGGGAGAACAUUAAGGAACAUCUCCGCAACGAGGAGUUCAACCGAGCGAGGAACGACAACUCGCAAGGAAUCAACCCGCUGAAAAGCCUGAAAGAUGACGACUUGAAAGCCCUCAAGUACUUCUACAACCGAUUCACCCCAACCAUUCGGUUGCUUUUCAUCGGAAUGACCAUGCUCCAGCUGCUGUGGGACAUUAUGCUCGUCGGAACGAUGCUCUACUACCAUCGCAUGGUCGAAAAGGUCAUCAGCGGAAUCAUCGCCGUCCUGACGUGGUUCAUCACGUACCGAGCCUGGUACCCAACCCAAUCUCUCCUUCCCGAUCCGGUCGGCAAAGGUCUCUUCAACUACGCAACCUUAGCCAAACCCGAAAUCGGACUCCGGCGAAGGGCCAGCCUGCUCCAAGCCGGAUCGUCCCAACAGCAGGACGUACCCAAGUUCAUGGGUAUGCCGCUGUACGCCGCCCGCCAGCAGCAGCAGCAGCAGCAGAACGCCGCAAACUUUGGCGGACUUGCCCAGCAGGACGCACAGGCCGCUGCAUCGUCGGCAGCGUUUGUAAGUACUUCCGGUUCCUUCAACAUCAACCGGCUGGGGGGAGGCGGUGGUGCCCUUGGUGGGGGUAAUUUUGAUGGCAGCAACGCGGCGACUUACUCGCGCUUUUCGGCGAGCGCCCAGCGCAGUCGGUACGAGCAAAGGUACGAAUAGUUGCGGGGAUGUUGAGGGGCGAUCUUUUUUUUUAACUGUAAAUAAGGAAGUUUUUAAACUAUAGCUGGUCACUUUGUCUCAGGUGUGCGGAAAGCAUGAAAAUCAACUGGUCAUGAUGACAUUUAAUUAGGUUUUACGCCGACUCGAUUUUUAGGUUAGAAAUUUGACAGUUCGGCUGCACUGUUUACAUUUUUUGCACGUGUGUCUAAGUAAAAAUGUGUGUGCGUGUGCGCUCGUGACGUCACGCUGUAAAACCUAAUAGAUUUACAAGAAAAGCAAAUUAAGGUAUAGUGAAGUCUAUCAGUCUAUCUUGCUCUUGACUACUGACGAGAGCAGGAUAAACUGCUUGUUUACAAAUCCACAUUAGCCCAUUUACAUUGUAUGCAAAAAAAAAUUUUGGUUUAAUUAGAUUUAACAUCACUUUUUUUCAAUCUGCACAUAUAAAAAUACCAUCAUCAAAUUUUGAUCUACCAUUGAAAAAAAUAAAAUAAUGAUCAUCAAAUUUUGCGAUAUCACCACAGAAAGCUUGUGAUUAAUGAUAAUACAGUCCAGACUCGAUUAUCCGAAGUCUCGAUUAUCCGUAGUUUCGAUUGUCCGAAGAGGAGAGAAUCGUGACGUCAGAAAUGAACUCAAGUCACUCAAUGUUCAUGUAUGGGACUUCGUAUAAUCAAAUCACGAAUAUCAAAAAAAUGUUUUCGUAUUUUUUUUUAUUUUCUUACUUUUAACAUCAAAUUCGAGUUCUGCUUGGUUGCGUAUUAAAUUGAAAAAUGCAUUUUUUUUUUAAAUAUAUUUCAUCACCGCCAUUUUGGCCGCCAUCUUGGAUUUAAAAAUUCUAAAUCACCUUCGAGUAUUUAGUAUAGAGGUCAUACUAAAGCUCAACAAUGAAAAAUAAGACAAAGAAAAAAAAAAUCCAUGAUUCGAUUAUCCGAAGUGAGAUUUUGCCAAGGCCUUCGGAUAACCGAGUCUGAACUGUAUUGUUAUUUUGAAAGGCUAGUACGGAGCCGCCCUUUUCAAAUGUUGCUCCAGAAAUCUAGAAUUGCCUUGUUAGGUCGAAUCUCAAAACGAAAAUAAAAUGGACGGAUUUAGUUUUUGUUGUUGCUCACAAUGAAGAAAAGCAGAGGGAAAAUCCAUAUCGCUAAGCAAUUAAUUUUGUGGCAAAAAUGUUCAAAAGCUCGUGAAUUUUUAAAAAACUUUGGUUAGUUUACAAUAGGUGCAAAAAUUCAAGGAUUUCAAAAUUUCUAAAAUUAAAAAAUAAUGCAAAAUCUGUAAUUCAAUUAUUUGAAAUUUCCAAAUUAUAAUGAAUUUUAAGCCUUUGCCAAAAUUUUCCUCCAGAUAAUUUAAUCACGAUUUUCUUUUAUUAUUUUUUUUAAAUGGCGGCAUUUAUGAAUUUCGGGAUUCAUUAAUUUAUUAAUUUGAUUUUUUUAAUUUAAGUAUUUGAGAAAAAAUAUGCGAAUUUCACAAUUUAGCAAUUUAGGAAUUGAAGAAUCUUUAAAUUAUAAGAUUUAAGAAUUUUAUAAUGUAAUAUUUUAAAAAUUACAAAAUUUAAGAUUUUUUGUAAAAAAAAUUGAUCAUUCAAUUGUAUUCAUUCAAAAUUGAUUGCAUUCAGUACGGCUCUGGUUAUUAGGUUAGGAAUUGGUUCACACGAGCUGUCAAAUGACAAGUCAAAAUUGUAGUGUCAAAAUGUACAUGAAAGCUAAAAGAAGUAUUAGAAGGUAUUAGACUACGACAAAUAAACAGACAAACUCGCAAACAAACUGUUUUUCUGCACUUGUUGGCAGAAACGUCAGCCUGCUUACAUUUGGCUUUGUUUGCGAGUUUGACAAACUGUCAAACACGAAAAAGUGCGAGUUUGUUUGUUUGUUUGCCAUAUUCUAAUAGCUCCUUGAGACUAUGUACAAUCUUAGGGAAACACCAUAUUAAUCCACCGUGCACCUAAUGUUGGCAUAUCAGUAAUUUGGCGUUCAACUACAGAUCCUAAAAGAAGUUUUAAACUGAAAGCGAGCGAUAAAUAGCUUAGUAGGAUGUGAGCAAGCUAGUUUCUAUCAAAAGUUUUGCAAAUAAAGGAGGUAUUAGACUAUAUCAAACAAACAAACAAACUCGUACUUUUUCGUCAAGAAGUUUGUUUGUUGUCAUAGUCUAAUACGUCCUUAAGUGUUAAUCAUAAAAGUGAAAAUCAUGAAAUUGGACGGCAUGAUGGACCUGCCAAACAUAUUAGAACUUCCCUAUAUCGACCCAACUGAUCUUGAUUGAUUAAUUCAAAAUGCGCUCAGCCCAACUGAGAUAAAGUGACCCCACGUCGAAUCGCACAUCGUUCACAUCGCAGCGUUGUUGCCCAUCCAAAAUGAACCAACCUCCCAGGGGUCUGUCGUCCGUGACCCCUUCUCGAAAUAUCCAAAAAUGUUGUCUCUCGUUUGGCGAUGAAUGCAAUCAAAAUUUAACACCAAUCCCCCCUUUACUCUCCCCGUCCCGGCAUGAUUCUUUAUAAUUGGCUCUAAAACACCACCCGUUGACUGUUGCAGGGAAAUGGAAGUGCUUGUUAUGUUUAGUGUAUAAUUACUAGUUUUGUUGUGUUUUUUUUUUGUUUUCUUUGUAAACUUUAUUAUUUAUUUAUAUAUUUCCGUUAAUCCUCCUAGUUUAUUGAACUGAUGCAAUAUUUUGUUAACGCUCGAAAGAAGAAAUGAGUCUAAUCAAAAAGUUUGUAACACCUAGUGAUAACAGAAGCGAAGCUAUUUGAUGACUAUAAUUAUCGAUGUAAGCAAGGAAACGUAUCAGAUUCAAUCAGGACAUUUUCCUCCUUAGCCUUAUCUAGCGGUGAUUGGCUAUCAACGAACGGUUUAAGUGAAUAAAAUCUACCAAAGUUUCUAA